CCAACUCGCGCGCAUGCGCAGUGGCGCUCAUAACGGACUCGGUCGCUCCUCCAGAGGCGUGCGCGGCCAACGCCGAGCGAAGACGCUUCCCGAAUUAACAACAACAGCGGCAGGAGCAGGAGCAAUUAAUAAAUUAGAGUGGAAUCUGCCAAUCGUAAAAUCGACCAACGCCGCAUCCGCCGUGGCGGAUUAGUCGGGCGCGAGUGGCUCUCUCUCUCUGGAGCGAUGGCCGCGAACGCGUUACAAGUCGCGCCGUGUUUACGUUGAGCCUUAAAUUAAACUUCUUGACCGUCUCCCGUCAAGUGGCGAGUUGUAGAGAGGUGGGAGGAGAGGGCCACAAAGGCCUGGUCCGAGGCCUUCCCUCUGUCUAACAUAGCCGCAUCCUUAUACCGGCGUUUUAAGCGGUCGUCGGAGUAUUGCCACCGUUGUGUGUGUGUGUUUAUAUAUAGCGUCGUUUCUUACGCGUGGGAGGGCGAACAUUGAUUGCAUCGGUGUGCUGGUGGGUUGACGGCAACAGGCGAAACAGGAGGUGACCGCAACAUUUAAGUUGUGCCCUUCCUCAUGAAGUUACUCUCCUGCUCGUUAUUUCAGUUGCGUUUUAAUCGUUAGCCCGGCGCAGCAAUGUCGUACUUUCGCAAGAUCUUCAAGCUGGGCUCUGAGAGGAGAAAGCCGAAGCAGUACGAUCACGUCCGGCGGGACGUGGACCCGGCCGAGCUGUGGAGUGUGAUCGGCGAACUCGGUGAUGGGGCCUUCGGAAAGGUGUACAAGGCCCAAAACAAGGAAUCAGGCGUGCUGGCAGCUGCAAAGGUGAUUGAGACGAAGAGUGAAGAAGAGCUGGAGGACUACAUGGUUGAAAUCGAGAUAUUGGCCCUUUGUGACCACCCUAAUAUUGUGGGACUCCUCAAUGCCUUCUACUAUGAAAACAAGCUAUGGAUUUUCAUUGAAUUCUGCCCUGGAGGAGCUGUAGAUGCUAUUAUGCUUGAGCUGGAGCGUGGGUUGGCGGAGCCUCAGAUUCGUGUGGUGUGCAAACAGAUGCUGGAAGCAUUGAACUACUUGCACACUCACCGCAUUAUCCACAGAGAUCUGAAGGCUGGAAACAUCCUGCUUACCUUCGAAGGAGAUGUAAAACUAGCUGACUUUGGGGUAUCUGCAAAAAACACAAGAACGUUACAACGCAGAGAUUCGUUUAUAGGAACCCCAUAUUGGAUGGCUCCAGAAGUGGUGAUGUGUGAAACUAUGAAAGACGCACCAUAUGAUUACAAAGCUGACAUCUGGUCCUUGGGCAUUACUCUCAUUGAGCUGGCUCAAAUGGAACCACCCAAUCAUGAACUCAAUCCAAUGCGAGUCAUGCUGAAGAUUGCCAAAAACGAUCCACCCUCACUUUCCUUCCCAUCUAAGUGGUCAGCAGAAUUCACUGACUUUCUGAAGAAAUGUCUUGAUAAGAAUCCUGAGACAAGAUGGAAUGCACUCCAGUUAUUACAGCACUCUUUUAUUAGCGGUGUGGACAGCAACAAGCCUCUACGGGAGCUGAUCGCAGAAGCAAAGGCCGAGGUCAUGGAGGAGAUUGAGGAAGACAAUGAAGAGGAGGAGAUGGAGACACCUUCUCCAGGAACAGGACAUAAGCGAGCUCCUUCGGAUAUCAGUGUGGCAAGCUCCGAGGAUGAAAAACUGUCGCAACAAUCACCGGUACGGGGAUUAGCAUCUGUUACUGAAAACAAUGAAGAAGAGCAGGAGGCAGCUGAGAAGCCGGAGAUUGAUGGGGAUGGUCAGUUACCAAUGGAUGAAUCUACCACAGUAGACAAUGGAAUUUCUGAAAAGUCUACAAGUGGCAAGGAUCAGCAAGAAAAUGAGAAUGAAGAGGUGGGUGAUGAGACGAGCGAGCGAUCGUUGUCAGAUGAGGGGAUUGGGAGCAGUGAGGGAGAGCGUGCGGAGAGUGAUCGGUCUGCAGAGCCUCACGUGUCUGACGAAGAUGCAACUCCCAUAAUGGAACAAUCCACAGCAGACCUGGCCUUAGCGGACAAGGCUGAAAAUUCCCUGCCUGAAGCAAAUGAGCCUACAGAAGAGCCCAGGAUGGAUAAAAGCAUGCUGAAUGACCAACCUGAGUCCUCCAUUAUAACAGCUUCUGUAACAGAGAACUCUGACAAGCCUGUAAACUUCCAGGAAAGACAAGCUGAUGUGCACGAGACGGGCGAAGCCAAAAAUAUAAAAGGAACAGAACUUCCAGAGUCUCCGUCUCUUUUAUCAACUGGCAGUGAGCGGAGGGAUAAAGAGCGAGACUCAGACUCUGGAAGUCUGUCCAUGUCAGACAGCACCAGUGGAGAUCUCAACCUCUCCAUUUCGGCCACCAUUACCCGCAAUCGAGAAACGGGCUCAAUAUCGAUCCAGGAGUCGCACAAACAGAAAAAGACGCUCAAGAGGACAAGAAAGUUUAUUGUUGAUGGAGUGGAGGUUAGUGUGACAACAAACAAAAUAAUGAAUGAAGAUGAGAAGAAGGAUGAAGAUUUAAGAUUCCUAAGGCGACAGGAGCUGAGAGAAUUGCGGCUGCUUCAGAAGGAGGAGCAGCGCUCCCAGGCCUUGCUCAACGGAAAACUGAUGCAGCAGCGUGACCUCACCAUUCGUCGCUUCGAGACGGAGAUGUCCGCGAAACGUCGCUACUUCGAUGGGGAAAUUGAGAAACUGGAACGGGAGCAGAAGCAGCGCAUCGAGAAGAUGGAGCAGGAGCACACGGCUCACCUACGUGAGGAGGCCAAACGCAUCAAAGCAGAGCAGGACCGGGAUCUUGCCAAGUUUCAUGAGACACAGAAGCAUCGCAAGAAGGAGGUUAAGAGCGAGGUGGAAAAACUGCCCAAAUCAGUGCGAAAGGAUGCACUGAAAAGAAAGAAGGAAGAGCUUGUGCAGACACAGCAGAAUGAGGAACAAGAGUUCAUCAGCAAACAGCAGCAUGAUCUCGACGGAUCCCUUAAGAAACUGAUUCAGCAGCACAAGCAGGAGGUUGCUGAUGUCGAAAGGGAAUUCCUCAACAGCAAACAACAGCUGUUGAGAGAAAAAGAAGCUUCAAUCUGGGAGUUGGAGGAAAGACACCUGCAUGAGAAACACCAAUUAUUUAAACAGCAACUAAAAGACCAAUAUUUCCUUCAGAGGCACCAGUUGCUAAAGAGGCAUGAAAAGGAGCUGGAGCAAAUGCAGCGCUAUUCUCAGCGCAUGCUGGAGGACCUGAAGGCCCGGCAGGCCCAGGAGCGAGCACGCCUUCCGAAGAUCCAGCGCGGGGAGGCGAAGACGCGAAUGACCAUGUACAAAAAGAGUCUUCGCAUCAACCCCAUUGGUUCUCCAGAGCAAGAUCGUGAAAGAAUCAAACAGUUUGCCCAGCAAGAGGAGAAGAGGCAGAAAGCCGAGAAGCAACAGCAAGCGCAGAAGCACGAAAACCAGAUGAGAGAUCUGCAGAUGCAGUGUGAUGCUAAUAUACGUGAACUUCAGCAGUUACAGAAUGAGAAGUGUCACCUACUGGUGGAGCAUGAGACCAUGAAGUUGAAGGAGCUGGAUGAGCAGCACACCCAGGAGCUGAAGACGUGGCGUGACAAGCUUCGCCCACGCAAGCAGGCACUGGAGGAGGAGUUCGCACGAAAGCGGCAAGAGCAGGAGAUGUUUUUUGCCACGAGUGGCGAAUCGGAGUGCUUGAACCCCAGUGCCCCCAGCCGCAUCGCCAAGUUCUACCCGGUCACGACCUCCCAGUCAACUGGCUUCUGAAGAUUUUUCCGCUGGCUGUUGACACUGGAAUGCAGAUGCUUACUAAUUUAAAAUCAUAUUUUUUUUGUACUUGCAGAACAUUUAUCACACAAAAAGCCUUGUGUAAACUGUGAUUGUUGACUUGGAUAACAUUGUAGCAAACUGUUAAUCGUACCAUUAUUUUUUUACUUCAAUUAUAUUAGUCUACAUUUUAAAAUGUGUCAUAAUCUUGGUUUCAAAGUGAACACUUGGAAAAUGUUGUAGUUUGACAUUGGUCAAUUGGUAAACAAAAUAUAGGACAGUGUAGCACCUCCAAUUCAUAACCACAUUGGAAAUAUCAAAACACAUUACACACGUUAUUGUUUUAUGUAAUUUUCAGAAAUUUCAAGGUUGUGAUAUUAAAAUAAUUGAACAUUAUUUGACGGGCUUAUUUUACAAAACCACAGUAAUGCAUUCCUAACUUUUCAACCAGAUGUGGCAUUGUUUACUCUUGAUUGCAGUUAAGCUUUUAACAGUUGUUUGUUUCUAGAUGCGAAUUAUAAAACUAUACCCUCUCACCUGAACCUUGCUUUGAAAUCCCCUCCCAAAGUGGUCAUAGCUAUACCCUGACAAUUCAAAUGAGCCAAUAGAAAAUGCAUAAUCUAUGCUAGGAAUAAUGGACAGGAUGGAACUUUACUACAAGGUUUGGGUGGCAUAGGCUUGAGCAGCAAAUUUUUGACGUAAUUUGUAAAGCGAAAUAAAUGACAUCAAGGGACAGUAUUAAAAGCACAUGGAAGCAUAGUGUAAAAGGGACCACGAUGUAUGCUGUGCAGACUAUAGUCAUGGAUGGUGGCGAAUUGAUUUUAUUUGACGCGGUCAAGGAAUAUUCAGCCCGAUUGCCGAUGUCCGUAACGAGUUUUCACAGAGUGGUUUUUAACACCAAAUUUCACCAGAUCACUUAAGCACUUUCCCCUCCCCAUCAAGCUUUAGCCAGAUAGUAUUAUGCAGCAGCGACUUUUCGGGUGAAUGCAAAUAUUAUUCAUAUGAAUGCUAUAUAUGGAUGGAUAGAUGCGCAACUUGAAAAAAAGUGAAAGCAAUAGAAAUCUACGUUGCAUAGAUGUAACAAACAAGCUUAUAUUUUUUUGUAACAAAAACGUGUACAAAAUAUACCGUCCUCUAUAUAGCGUUUGAUGUAGCUCAUAGUGCAUAUGCUAUAAAUUACAACAUGUUGCCGUGGAGUUUUGAUAAACCUGUGGACUUGUAACAUGGCUUGCUAAAUGUGUAUGAAACAUUAGAAUUUGCAUGUUUGAACUGUUUCUCUUUUUGAUUUUGAUGCUGCUUCUGGAGGACAAAGAUCGUGUCCGGAUAAUAUUUUUGAAAGUUUUAUUUAAAAGGGUGCCGUAAAACGUAUCGAGUGACAAAGUUGACAUUAAACAGUAUUUUUUCACGUACAGUUCAGAUUGUUAUUUUACCGUGCCCUUUUAAAGACUCAUUCAGAGUGAAGGCAGCCUGAUAAAAAUGUGCUCUGAAGCCGCUGGUAUGUGUAGGAGUGUAGCAUGCGGCAGUAGGAAAGCUGUUAAUACCCCUCCACCCUCCCAUCUCAUGUUGUGACGUGAUUUAAAAGUUGGAAAAUAGGCGCCCUUGUAUUCGAAGGAAAACAAGCUGCGUUAUACUACUGUAAAUGGUUGUGGACAGUUGACACCUUUAAUUCUCUAAAAACUGCCCAUUUUGCUACUGUUAUUUUCUCGAGUACUUGAAUGGGUUGUGUGCCUAGUCCCGUUUUUCUUUAUGCACGUGCACGGAAUAUCUUGUCGAUAACAGUGUCAUGCUGAACGCAGUUAAGCUUAGGAUGGGCUGUGUUUGGACAGAUGCUUCGUCCAUAAUGCUUUUUUUGGCCAUCAAGCAUGAAGUUGAAAGCAAAGGUAGAAGUUUCUCAACUCAAGGCAUUCAAAUAGACACUUCAUGUUCCCUACUUGUGAACAAUCUUAGAGUUUGGUUCACAAUAUUCAUUGCUUGGAAGUGCCUCUUUAAUAGGACCUCAUGACCUCAAUGCAAUUUAAUUUAAUGUUAAGGCCUUAAAGAUGAGGUUGAAAGGAUAACAUGUCUUAUUAAAGCCCCACUUGAGGUAUCUGAGCAUGGCAAGUGAAUAAUUUGAGUGCGUAACUGUUGUCAGGGAAAUGGAAAGCUGUUGUCAAAAUCCUACAGCCACACUUUGAAGCCACAAUACCGAAGAGAACACUUUACAGUAGUCUAACCUGUAUGUUUGACUUCUCAUUUGCAGUCAAUAAAAUGCAAUGUUUGUA